AUGGCUGAAGAAUAUGAAAGCGUUUGUCUGGUGAAGCCUGAAGUUUUCGUUUAUCGCAUACCACCUCUUACCAAUAACCGAGGAUAUAAAGCCGCAGAUUGGAAGCUAGAUGAACCAGAUUGGAGAGGACGUAUGCGAUUGGUAGCUAUUGGCAAUAAGUUGGAAUUACGAUUAGAAGAUAAAGUGUCUGGGCAGUUGUUUGCGAAAUGUCCAGUAGAUGAGUACCCAGGUCUCAGUAUCGAGCCUGUCCUCGACUCUUCACGGUAUUUCGUAGUUCGAUUAAAAAAUGACAACAGUCAAACAGCUUUUAUUGGUUUGGGAUUUGCUGACAGGAGUGAUUCAUUUGAUUUGAAUGUUGCGCUACAAGGACAUUUCAAAUACAUUGAAAGAAACGCAGAAUUCUGUAAAGAACAAAUGAACGAGGGACCAAAGUUGGAUCUUGGUUUCAAAAAAGGACAAACUAUAACUAUAAAUUUUGGGAAAAAGACAUCAACAAAUUCUCAACAGUCGAAGGCAUUAUUACCAAAUGCAAGCAACAAUUCUGGAAGCUUUCCAUUAUUACCUCCACCACCUUCAGCUUCGUCUCCUAUUACUCAGCGUUCACGCAAUAUUCCAGGCACGAAAGCGGAAUUCAAACCUUAA